AUGUCAGAUGGACCGAGUCAGAAUUCAACAAAAGUGAGAAAGAAAAAGACCAAGAAAAAGGUGAAGGUGCCUGAGGUCAAGGAGACAGAACGUGAAGAGAAGCCUACAGACCAUGGACCACCAGAACCAGAAGAGGAGUCUGACGAUGAUGCAGACAGUGACAGGGAUAGAAAGACAGAUGAGCAGCAGACUGAAGAAUCCAAAUCAGAUUUGGAGGAUGAAGAGAAUGACCUGGACUCAGCAGAUGAAGAGGCUGCACCGGAUCCACAGACAGACAACAUGGAGGAACGUUUGCUGUCAAAUGACACAGAUGAUGAGGACGAGGAUGUCCAAGACUCAAGUGUGGAUAAGGAAGCUGUACAGGAGCCACAGACAGACAACAUGGAGGAGAAAUUGCUGUUGAGUGACACUGAUGAUGAGGAUGAUCAUGAUGCGGAAGAGAGGAAAUCAAAUGUGGAAGAGGAGAAGCAAGCUGUAGAGGAUUGUGAGGCAGAAGAGGAAGAGAACAACAAGGAUGAGACUUCAGAUGAUGAUGAUGAUGAUGAUGAUGAUGAUGAUGAUGAUAUGGAACACAAAUACACAAACCUGGAGGAAAAUGAUGAUGAAGCAAGUGCAGGAACGGCGGAUGACAUAGAAGGUGGAAAGGAAGAGGACUCGAAAUCAGAGGAGGAAGAUGGAGAAGAGGAAGAUGGAGAGGAGGAGGAGGAAGGGGAGGAGGAGGAAGAAGUCGAGUAUAAGACACAACAGAAGGGAAGUUGUGAUGAAGAAUCACAAGAUGAAAAGAGUGAUGAAGAGGAGCAGGAUAAAACCACCAAAAAGUCAAGGCCCAAGACAAAGAAGAAAAAGAAAACAAAGAAGCCACCAAAGAAUUCCGGAAACAAGAAGUAAAGAUGACAAUCUACAGACAGCAAAAACUAUCAGGUAGCCUAUUCAAAUUAAGUUACCUGCAGAAAUACAAGCAUCAGAAAGGGAUGUGGUGGAUCAUUCAUUUAACUUAAGUUGAAGUUUCAUUUUAGUUACACGUUUUAAGAAAUUAUACUUUGAUUUUGGACUUUAAUUAAAACACUCACUGUCUCA